AUUUUAAUGAAUCGAUUUUACGUUAUCCAAGCCAGAAUCGAUUUUAAGCGAUGAAUCGAUUAUUAAAAACCCACCCCUAGUAACAAUGUCUUGGACACACUGUAAAACACUCAAGAUGGAAAAACCUGACAAAAAAAAGGAUUUCAUAUUGAUCUCUUAUAUCUGAUGUAAAAUGCAUCAGUCUAUAAUUUGUUUGGCAUAACUGAAGCAGUUUAUGAAAGUCUGACUUAUCACAACUGUGGUUUUAAGACGAAUUGAAUUGAUCCUUUUUGAUUCCAUGGAUCGUAAUUUGCAAAAUAACCAUAUUGUAUUAAAUAGGACUUACUGUCUACAGUUCAUUAUGUGUUAAAAAGUGAAAAACUACAACAGGAGUGCUAUGCUAGAGAUGCUCCACCUAGCAUCGUCUCCAUAGCCUUUAUUCUCCCACAAAUCGUGACCAUAGUAAUAAAACAUAAGUGCAUUUAUUAACCAUUUAAAAGCUUAUACUGAGGCUGCAGAAUGGCUCUAAAAAUAGUUUUGUCAAUCAGAGGUCAGCUCAAGGCAAGAGUUUCGAUUUCUGUCUAUUUUAGAUGCUAUACGAGUCAGCUGUUAAAUCCCUUGCAAUACUUAAAACUGUCAAACUUUCUUUAUUCAUUUAUGAAUUUAUUGCAGCUCUUCUGACUGAAUCAUAACUUUAAUAACAUUAUUUUUCUUCUUUCUCCUCAAGACAGCAAAAGUGACUUUUUACAACCUGGCAACAAAAAGGAUUUCAUGCCUUGUGUCUGAUAUGGUGUAUAACUCGUUUAGCUUAAGUAAUUAAUGAAUUUCUGAAUUAUUAGAACUGCUGUUUUUAGACAAAUUAUAAAAUAUUUACAGACAAAACUAAAAAUAUGAAAGAAAAUUUGAGUUUCUCUGUCUGAAUUCAUUAGGAAGAUUGGCGCCGCCCCAUCAGGCAGAAGGUUAAACUCAAAAGUAGAUUCAGAGACGGCCUAAGUCACCACCCCUCCUAAACACAAUGUGUUGAGAAGCAGUUCACCCGGCCCUCCCUGCUCUCAGCACGAUCCCGGUCUCCCUCUGAGCCCUGGGGACCUGGUAUUGAUCGGUGCCUCGUAGGUAGUGAUUGGACAUGAGUGGAUAAUUUCCUUUGCUGCAUUAGAGUCCAUUACUGGCCUGCUCCCCGGAAAGCGAUAGACAUCCUCAAAAAAAAAAAAAUGAGAGAGAAGAUUCUUCUUGGAAAAGCAGUCUCCGACAAAUGAUUCGCCAGCUGAGGCUCCUUGAACUUUAUUAUCAGGUCCAUUUGGAGGAUGAUAAUAGAUACUGGGUAACAGCAAAGGAGGAUCUGGCAUUAACUGAGACGUUUUCUGUCCUUUUCUCAAGCCUGGGGGUGUUGCGUAUGUUAAAUAAGAAAAACAAAGAUGAAAUAAAGCUGAUAUAUACAGACACAGAAUUAUAUUCAUUCAGAGAAAGAAUCCCAGCUGAGUUUUAACCUUUACAGACUUCCUCCCACGGAGGCCGAGCAGGACUAUUCUCAGCUUGAGAGUCUCUCUCAGAGCUCCUCGGGAGCGUUUGUUUUGCUGGGUGAAUCAUUACUCAUUGCCACCGUGACAUCCUUUGUUUCAUUCUCCUGUUUCUUCUUACUCACUGGGAUCCUUUUUCUUCACGUUUGAGUGGAAAUUGUGAAGCAACAAGGCUCUAUAUUUACUGAAAAAAAAGAGGGGGGUGGGUAGCUGCUGAAUGAGAAACAUUGAUAUGCUGAAUAUGAACACAAAUACACUCCCACAGGGGCAUGAAACACAGAAAAAGAGCUUACGCUGACAACUACUCUGGAUUGUCAUGCAUGAAAUUCCAACGAGCUUCUCCCAUAUGGAAAGUCUUUCCUUUUUUUGAAGAAAUGGUUUUGAUGACUUCUUUAAAUUUCGUCCAGCUGGUUAGAUAUUAAAAUGAGGUUCACAUUUGAAAAUGUCUGUUUUAAAUAAUGAUGCAUGUAUGUAUUUAAAGGUUUAUUUAAAGCUUGUUAUUUUUGCAGUAGUGGAUUAAAACUGUUACACAGAAACGUAUUGAAAAAGCUUGUGUCUCAGCCCAGGCUUCAUCUGUGCUGUGGAAACUGAGCCAAAAUGUUUAAACUCCCCCUCGGAGGGCAGAUAUACUUGUAAGCAAUAAUGCAGAUUGUAGACUAAGACCCCGUGUUCGAUUUAAAUCAAUAACUGCCCUUUACAAUUUAUAAAGAGUUGUAUCGUGCACAGAACAAAUAUCAAGUCAUCUCCAAAACCAUAUCUAGAAACCAACUCAUUUAACCCACCAGUCUCAGCUAACCUGAACUGGUUAAAUUCUAGUAAAAUACUUCAGCUUAACUUCAUGACAUUAUUUGUGAUUUGCUCAAAUUUGAUUUGAGGAUAUUUCUUUGCUGUUUAUUUUUAGCAUGUAAUUAAAGAUAAUUCCACCACCCGCUCGUUAUUUACAUUUGUUUUAAGCUUAAAGCUUUAUUAAAACUGCAAAAUUUCUCAGUGUGUUGAAGGAAAUGGGGUAAACCGUUAGGCAUUACAGGGAUCUGAAGCAGACAUUAGAUUUAUUGCUCCUGUAACAUCAGAUACCCCAUUGGUAUCCUUUUCUAUUCAUUUCUAAGGAGGCUAUCUUACCCCUCACCUGUAUAUAAAUGGCAUCCAGGGUCUACGUAAAGAUCCAUAAAACAAAUACUUUUACUGUCAUCACUGUGAUCACCAGAGUGCAAGAACGUGUUAAAGAAGCCUGUGAUACUAGUACAAGUUUUUCACAUAACUGCAUAUAAUUAACAUUUGUCUCCCACAAACUCACAGAACCCAGCUUUAGUGGAUCUAUAAAAUUAAAGGUAAAAUAAAGUUUAAAUGGCUUGUUUCAGGUAAUAGAUUAACUAUAAAUUACACAAAGCUACAAUGCCAGAGUCCUAAGACUAGAAAUAAACAGCUGGAAACGAGUAUAAUAAGUCACAUUUAACUUCUUGUUAACAUACUGAAGUUUAACUUUAAGACCAUUAGCUGGCUGUUAGAACACUUCUCCACGGGGCCCCAAAACAACCAUCAAAAGACACUUUCCUAUAAUGGAUACUCAUGGAAUAACUAAUGAAAUGACCUUACCCUGUCAAAUGCUCCUUAAAUGCAAUCAGGACCUUUAAAACAAACACUGUUUGUGACUCUAUCAUCACCAGAACCCAAGAUCAAGAAGUGAGAAAGAUUAAAGAACACCAUCCAAAGACAUUUCACUCAAAGCAAAAAAUGAAAAUGACUUGUGCAUAAAUAACACUUACAACCACACCUUCUUUAGACUAUUAAUGGCUUCCUGUUGUUGCACCCCUAAAUUCAUUAUCAGCCACUUUGAGAUCAGGCUUCAGCCUCCUAGGAAACUGUAGCUCUGUUUCAGAUAGUUUUUUGUGCUCUUGGCUCUGCAUGCAGCUCUUCAUGUGCAAAGUUUUCUGUUUGGGACAAGCAGCCAAUAAGAAAAAAAACGUUGAGCAUUAAUUAACUUUACCUCAUUAAAGCAUUAACUCAUAAGUUCCCUUUAAAUGCUUCUUUUAGAUUUAUUUUGGAUCGGUAAGAUUAUUAACCACACGUUCCAAGCAGAGGACACUGGAAUUCACCAUGAACCACCUUUAGAGAACCACAGGCUCAGCCCUCUACAACAUUUAAUAAGUCUAUCAUUUACAGGCUGAAGUUCCUCUUUAAGUUUCAGAAAGAUUUUAACCACCACCACUGAUAAUGAUGGCAUUUGUAACCCAGCAGGUGACCCCUUUAACACAGGGAGGGUGCUGUGGGUCGCCACGUCUCAGCACAUAAAAUAUUCUUUGUGGCAGGCGGGCGGACUGGCCAAGUUGCUGCUGCUGUGAGUAUGAUGCUUCUCAUUUCUUUCUUACUGCUGGCUGUGCUGAAGUAGUGCCUGCCUGGGUCUGGAAACUUAUGUCCUCCAUCAUAUUAAUGGGAUAAUAAUGUGAUUGAUUGGUCAUCCCCCGGGGGAAAUGGUCUUUUCUGCUUCCUGAGAGUGCACGACUCAUCAGAGAACUUACAGCUGACUUGAAGUGGAUUCGUGCCCAAGAGCCCCUCAGCAGGGUGAAUGCUCGAGCCCAUCAGGCGGCUUCCAGCCCGGGUUGGACCGCUCGGAAGAUUGUUUGCGUGCCGCUACUCUGUUGCCAUCGGCUUUAUCGGUGGGGACUAAAGAGGCGGAGGAGGAGGAGGAAGGGUAGAGGGGGAUUUGGGUGCUUCAGGACGGCUGAGUCUCGUUGCGAUGCAUGGAGGCUGCUUGGAAAUGCUCCCCGGGUCUCCGGAGCGCAUGAGGCGGUUCCAGCCGAGCGACGGUCCGCAGCAGCAUCGUGGGCUUCCUGCGGCUCAACUGCAGCUCUGCCAGGCUGUCACGCUGUAGGUUCCGUUACAGGAGGUGCACGGCUCGGUUCGGAAGCCACGGAGCGGAGUUAUUUUCGCCGAGAGCGCCGUAAUCAAGGAGCCUGAAGGCUGCAUCGCGUCCCUGCGUCGCAGUGGUGGUGGAUACUGUGUGAGCGUGUCGGGCGGCAUCUAUGCAAUUUAUUUUCGACUUUUCAUUUUAUUAUGAGCACAGAGGAGGGAGAGGCGGGUCCCGCGUGUGGAGAGGCGAGUGGAGGUACCACCAUACCUCACCGCCACACCUGGGAGGAAAGCGAACCUCACGGCUUCCAAGGACGUCCGCACCCCGACGAUGAGGACGAAGCCCUGGGAGGAGAGGAGGGAGAGGGGGCAGAGGGCUGCCGGGAGGGCCGGAGCUGCAGGGACGCGUGUGGGGGUGACACAGAGAAAUUCACUGUGGAGAACAACGAGGGGAAUUUUUCCAGUGAGGACGGGGCUGUCGGGGGGAGCUCUUGCAAGGCUCAGACAAUGCAUUCAAACUGCAGCAGCGAAACCUGCAUCCCCACUCCCAGCUGCAGGAUCUGCUUCCAAGGCGCAGAGCAGGGGGACUUGUUGAACCCAUGCAGGUGUGACGGCUCAGUGCGGUAUACCCACCAGCAGUGCCUGCUGAAGUGGAUCAGCGAACGGGGCUGCUGGACCUGCGAGCUGUGCUGCUACCGUUUCCAGGUGAUCGCCAUCAAUCUGAAGAGACCAUGGCAGUGGCAGUCCAUCACCAUUACCCUGGUGGAGAAGGUGCAGAUCAUUGCGGUGUUCCUGGGCUCUCUCUUCCUUGUAGCCAGCAUCUCCUGGCUGCUCUGGUCGGCGCUCAGCCCUCAGGCCACCUGGCAGCGUCGCGAUGUCCUCUUCCAGAUCUGCUACGGCAUGUAUGGCUUCAUGGACCUGGUCUGUGUAGGCUUGAUCAUCCACGAGGGGGCAGCAGUGUACAACGUGUUUCUGCGCUGGCGAGCAGUGAACCUCCACUGGGAUGUUCAAAGCUAUGACAAGACCAAGGACAUGGAGGACACGAGCACUGGUCACUCUUCGCUGGCCCCCAGGACACUUUGGUUGCCUUUGGCCACUUUUGGGCCCAGCGGCCCCUUACACCCGACCCAGCUGGGAUCACAUCCAUGGACUUGCCUGUGUUUGGCACCCUUUUGCCACAGAAUGGUAGCCCGAAACAACCUCAGCCAGGACAGUGAUUCGGGAGAGGUUGUCAUUCGUGUAACAUCGGUAUAAACUCCAAGCAGUAUUUGUGCAGAGACGAAGCAUCUGAUGGGUUACAUCUGGGAGUUACAGUCUGAGCUGUGCUGCAAAGUUGUUUUUUUGCAGAUUUUUUCCGUGACUUAAUACUUUUAAUUAUUUGAACUGUGUGUGCUGUCUGGGGCUGGUCCUCAAACCAAUCUAAUACCUUCAGUAACUCACAUUUUUGUGUUGGUGCCUUUGUUUUUACUCUGAGAUAUAACACUGUUUAUUUUGUGACAGAGACAUGAGCCACCCUCACAUAAAUCUUUUUUUUUGUGGUUUUCCUUUUAAACUGUUGUGUGGCACUCAUGUCAUGUGGAAUUGAAGGAAGUGAUGGGAUUAUCCAGAUUACAAAUCUAAGGCACAACAUCAGACAUGGUGUAGGAUCACAGGGUUGCCUGUUCAAGGUUGAGGAAUACUGUACACAGCCAAUAUCCUCUCUCUCUCUUGCUCUCAUAUAUCUCUGCUCUAAUGUGGCAUAGAGACAGUAUGGUGUCAUAGUCUCAAGCCACCCUUAAUUUCUUUAGGUUUUGUUAGGAAAAUGUGAAAUAAGUGUAGCGAUUUAUUCAAAUAAGUGCAAACAUAGAUGGAAAUACAGGAUAUAAGGCAAAAAAAACCCCAAAAACAAAACAAUUCUAACAAGCUUGAAAGUCAAUAAUUGGUUUGACAUUUCUUUUUCAACACAGCCAGAACUUUCUUAGACAAGCUUACUUACCUCUUGCAAUUUCUUUAAGGAGCAUUCAGCAGUAGUUCUCCAGACUUCUGGAAAAGCCAUUCAAAGUUCUUCUUUGGAUGUUGGCUGUCUUUUUGUUCCAUUUACUCUGAUGAUUCAACGUUGCUUCAAUAAUGUUGAAGUCAAGGCUCUGGGGAGGUCAGUCCACGACUGACAGUGUUGGCAGUGUGUCUGAAAAUGAUCAGAAGCUUUGUGGAUGGCAUUCAUGGUGAAUUAAAAUCUGAUGGUAGACUUCUAUACAUUUAGAAAACAUCCCCCAAGAACACCGGCUGAAAUUCGGCCCCAAAUUAUGACAGAGCCUCCACCAUGAUUUCCAGACGGCUAUAGACGCCCUUGUAAAUAUUGAAUGAUUUGAAACAAACAUUUUACAUUUAAAACUCAAAAAGAACUGAUGCCACUGACUUCCAGUCCAGUUCUUGUGUAAUUUUCAUUCCUCAGCCUUUCCUCCCCGUUUUUGGCUUUCAGAUACUGUUCGUCUGCUGUAUAUAGAUUUUUUUCUGCAACUUAUUCUUUUGUCCUCCAUUUUUCUCAGUUUUCUCAAAUUUCUUCAAAAUUUGAGGAAAAAUUGCUGAGAUAGACCAAAUUAUCAACUAAUAGGCGUUGAUCAGACUGAAGACAAAGUGAAUUUUAUGAACUUUUUUCGAGAAGCAAGUCUUCCAAUAUGGGAGCCAUAUGGGCAUCACCCUCUCUUUAUUUCUUUUUCUUCUUCUUGGGUCGGCUAUUUUUGGACACACUGUCAGCUGCUGAAAAUCAGUGUUACAAUGUACUGUUAUUACGAAUUACGAAUUAUUUAAAAGUGUUAUAUUGUUAAUGCAUCAUUGCAGGACUGCUAACACAAAAGUGUUCUAGGUUCAGAGCUGUACUUAGGAAUGAUGUAUAGCUUUUAAUUUUAAGCAGGGUCUCUGAGCUUUGUAACUAUACAACCAGAUGUCCUGCUUUAUGUUUUAUGCCGAUAAAAGGAUUUGACAGACAGGGAUGCAGCAAUUAUGACACAUUUCAUAUGAGCACAAAAACCUGAUGUCAAAAUGAUAUUGAAAAAAAUGAUCCAGCAAACAUUUAAUGCUGGUUAAGGAUGUGAUUCUUGCUUUGGGUAUAAGAGGUCCAAAUCCUGGAUGAGCCCUCAUGAUGUUACUGUCAGUCCUAGAAGAAUCAUGGGUGUAGCAUAAAAAGUGAAAAGAAGCAUUUUUCACCAAUCUAAAGGACUGAAGAGUGCCACGGCAGAAUUGCACUCCAGAAAGAAGAGAUUUAUUUAUGUAUUAAUGUAGACAAUAUCAGGGUGUGCACGAGGCCAAAGAAAAAGAAAAAUGCUUCCCACAUCUAUGCUUCCUGGAGGGAAUGUCCAAGAUAAUGUCCAUAGAAAUGGCUUUCUAUGCUUAUCGAUUCUUAGGAGGAAGGAGGAGAGAGGUCAGCCUAAUAGGUCUCUAAUUUAAAGGAGCUACCAUCAGUCUCCCGUCCAAUCACCAGGUGCCACAUAGAACUCAACAUAAUGGGUAAGCAGAAAUGGUUGGACCCAGGGAUGAAGGGGCAGACACCCAAUGUACAUAAACACAAUUUAAAUUAUGACAUGGGGCCAUAACGUGACCCCCCGAUCCCCCUUUUUUAGAUUUCAUUGUCAUUCAUAACAUUUCCAGUGCUGGUAUAAGCUGGCAAAGUGACAUCUGUUCAGCAUGGCAGUGUUUGCCUCAAAGGACUGAUCUUCAGAUGGUUUGUGCCAGUAUAAAUAUAGCUAUUGGAAAUUGUGUUUUUCCCUGUCUGUAAACCAUUCUUUUGAGCUUCCAUGAGCCCUGUGAUGUUUGGGCCAUGGGCUAAUCUGUUCUUGACCUACGAGUCAUUUACUUUUUUUGGUGCCUUAGGAGGCUGGGUGUCGACGUUGCAAUGCGCAGCACAGAAAUGACUUGAAUGUGACUUUUGCUGUUGGCUGUAUUUCUAUUUGUUUUGACUGUAACAUGGAUGUAAUGUAUAAAGAAUAUUUAUAGAUACAAAGCUGUGCGAGUUAUUUGCCCGACGUCAUAUUGGUUUUGAGUAUCUGCUGCAGGAUGCUACGUGUGUGGCAUCGUUACAAGAGAUGAAAUCAAACCCCCAGUGAUCAAAGGUAUCAUUUUUGCUCAUCUAGACCAAAGAACACUACUGCAUAUUAUCACAGAAAUGUUAUUUAUGACAGCUGGGCUGGUGACAUCCAUGGGAACACUGAUCAGACAGUGUAACAUCAAUAAACCUAGGUGGCGAAAUAUCAGAUAUUCGUCACUUAAGUACAGAUACUGGUGUUGAAAUAAUAGCAGUCUUUACUCAAGUAAAAGUGAAAAAGUACAAGCUCAGAAAUGCACUUGAAGUCAAACUAAAACUAAAAAGCAGUAACUUAACAUUGACCAUGAACAGCACAGCUGCUCUGCCCCACUCCAACUUAGUGCAUUGCUGUAAACUUUACCACAGUUAGCAAAAUUAGGUGUGUAACAAACUACACAAACAUUUAGUGUUAGCUGAUACUGAGCUGUGAGAAAUGUUGCAUUUUAAAUUACCUGUCACUUAAUUUUUUUCACUCCAUUUAUGCUUCUGCAGUGUGAGCUACAUGCUGAAGAACUAUGACCACAACUAACUGAC